UACUUGUAUGACGCCGAGAUUACUCUUGCGGCAGAAUGUCUCUAAUCUGGCUCUUGCCAGAUAAAUGUGUAGUUCAAUCUUGACGCGAGCCAAGUUGUUACAAUGUUACAUUGUUCCCAGGCAGUUGUUACUGUUCUACGGGCAGCAUACCGUCAGACGUUAUGGGCAUGUAAUGACAAGUGUUAUAGGAGAGGCGUUCACCAUGUCUUCAGAAGACCAUGAUGACGAGGGAGGCUACCAGAGUGUUGAUGACGGCUCAGCUGAUGAUGAAGGACGGAUGUACUGGAUAAGAUUCUCCUCUGCAAAACACCUGGAGGUGGAGUCCUCCACAAAGGAGGAAACAAUCAAGAAACGAAACCCUAUAGUCCGUUCGGGAAACGCCCCCGGGAGGCUCAAGCGAGUGCUGUCCAGCAAAAGGAAAAAGCACCGGCCCCUCACCGUCAGUACGGCUAUCCGUAGGAAGCAGCUCCAGGGCAAGCUCCAGGACGCAGCAGGUGGUGAGGGCCAAUUCAGCAGCACCUUCGGCAGCAGGGACGGAGACGAGACGAGAGGGGCUAUGCCGCUGAAGGAACGGGAGAUGCCCAAUAGACUCAGCCAGAAAGGCCAACAGCGUACAGAGUACCAGCCGCUGGUGGCGAGGGACGAGGUGGACACCAAGUACCGAGACUUCUUCAAAGAGGUGACUGGAGAGCACAGCAGAAUGACACAAGUGCUGUCUGGGAGGCUUCUCCGCCUCAAGAUCGCUUGCAGUCUGUGGAAAAGAAGCUCGGAGGAACUGCUGACAUACUUGUUAAGGCUUGAAGACAUAAGCUUGCUUGUUGACUGCCUUCCCAUCAUUACAAAACGCCUUCAACAGGAAACCUCAGACAUCUCCCUGGGAUUCUGUGUGGAACUUCUUCCAUUGGUCAAGAGCGCCCUCCAGAGUCCAUUUGAAGACUAUCUGACGGUGGCUUUGAACUGGGUGCAGUCUGUCCAGAACAAAUGGUGGCCACAGUUCAUGGGACAAUGUGACAAGGAACUGAACACAGAUCUGUCCGAUAGGUAUGUGUGGAGAAAUAUUUAUACAAUAAGGAGCCAGCUACAAGCUUUGCGAGAACAUGCAUCACGCAUAUGUUUAUUCUCUGGAAACACAGGCAAAAUAGCAAAGAGUGUGCAGGCAAGUUUGGUCCAGCUGCCAAGGUGAUGGGGGGGAUGCAGAGGAUGCUGAGACCUAACAACUGACACUUGACUUCAAAUAGGCUACCCCAGACAGUGUUUCAGAAGAAAUCACUUUUGCACUUUUGAUUUAUAUAAAUCUGAGAAUCUGACUCAGGUGUAACUUGUGGAGAUUGUGUAGUCUACCUUACUGAAAAAAUAAAUAAAUUGCAUUGUAACAUUGUAAUAAAUGAGGAAAACAGACAACAUGUACCUCGACUACAAAUGGGUUUGGGAAACACAAUGAAUUUGUAUGUAAACUAUUGUUAU